AUGGAUCCUCAAAUUGGCAUGCUUUUCCGCUGCGCGCGAGCAUGUGCACGAACAUUGGCAAGUGUGAUGGCUCCUCUGUGGUCUCUCAUCCUGGUGGCUGCCUCAGCCCAAGCCAGAGAUUCAACGUAUCCUGAGAAAUCUGCUCUACACCAUCUCACGAAAACUCUAUUACAGAAAUACCACAAGGAAGUGAGACCAGUUCACAAAUGGAAUGAAGCCACUACUGUAUACCUUGAUCUAUCUGUCCAUGCAGUGUUGGAUGUGGAUGCACAGAAUCAAAAAUUAAAGACAAGCAUAUGGUACCGAGAGGUUUGGAAUGACGAGUUUUUAUCCUGGAACACUAGCAUGUUUGAUGAGAUUAGAGAGGUCUCCUUACCUCUAAGUGCCAUCUGGGCCCCAGAUAUCAUCAUUAAUGAGUUUGUGGAUAUUGAGAGAUCACCCAACUUUCCUUACGUUUAUGUGAACUCAUCUGGAACCAUUAAGAACGCUAAGCCCAUCCAAGUGGUGUCUGCAUGCAGUUUAGAGACAUAUGCUUUCCCAUUUGAUAUCCAGAAUUGCAGCCUAACCUUCAAUAGCAUUCUGCACACAGUGGAAGAUGUAAACCUGGCCUUCAUAAGGAGCAGAGAAGACAUUGAGCAUGACAAAAAGGCAUUCUUGAAUGAUAGUGAGUGGGAACUUCUUUCUGUGCCCUCCACAUACAGCAUCCUGCAGAGCAGCGCUGGAGAUUUUGCCCAGAUUCAGUUUAAUGUGGUGAUUCGCAGGCGCCCAUUGGUGUAUGUCGUGAGCCUGCUGAUUCCCAGCAUCUUCCUAAUGCUUGUGGACCUGGGAAGCUUCUACCUACCACCCAACUGCCGUGCCCGGAUUGUGUUCAAGACCAGUGUGCUGGUGGGCUAUACUGUCUUCAGGGUCAACAUGUCUGAUGAGGUGCCAAGGAGUGCAGUGAGCACCCCUCUGAUUGGGAUCUUCUUCACAGUCUGCAUGGCCUUCUUGGUCCUCAGCUUGUCCAAGUCCAUCCUGUUGAUCAAAUACCUACAUGAUGGGCGGCGCAGUGAGCCAAAGCGGCCCCUCUUGUGUCUUCGAGGGGGCAGCGAUGCUGAUGUAGUGACUAGAACGGAUCCCAGGAUUCAGCCUGUUGGGGUGACAGAGUCCCCUAAUGGUCAAGAACACCAGGUUCAUUCAGGGACCUUGAAAGAAGUCUGGUCCCAGCUGCAGUCCCUAAGCAACUACCUCCAGGUUCUGGAGCAGGUUGACCGACAAGAAAUUGAUUGGCUGACCCUCUUGUAUCGCUUCGACCAACUGCUCUUUCGAAGCUACCUCUUGGUGCUGGGACUCUACACCAUCACUCUGGGCUCCCUCUGGGCACUGUGGAGAAGCCUGUGA